AUAGGACUGAUUUUCAGUUUGACAAUAACAAAAACAAAAAACAGACGGUACUCAAUAAAUCAUGUUCUUGCAAAAUUUUAAUGAAAUUUGAAAAUUAUUUAAUCAGUGUUUGGAAACUUCAGGUUGUUUUUUAGGCCCCUAAUUUAAUAUAUUAGUAAGGAUCACAGAAAAAAGAAGAAUGCAUAGUCUUUUAAUUUUCUAUUAAUAAUUAAUUAAAAUAAGUUAAUUAAAUGGAGUUGGAGUUGCAAGAUGCUUGCUUUCAUGGUGAAGAACUAGCACCACCCCAGGCCGCUAAACAAAACUUACAUUUGAAAAGAAAAAACACUAAGGUCCCAGAUGAUAAAAAUGUGAUCUGCGAUCAGAGUAAAGAAGAUCAAGCAGAAAAUCUUUCUUCAUUACUUUUAUAUAAUUAUGAUAGUAAACUGUAUGCAGAGGAUGACACAUCACAGCCAACCUCUCGCACAGCACCAAUCAUACCAAUUGAGGCAACUCGUAAGAAAAAGAAACGCAAGAGAUCACAAAUAAGUAUAUGCCUAACUAACUGCCGAUAUGAGUCUAUCCGCAAAGUAGCCAGUGCUUUCGGAAUGCGAGAAGUCUCUGAAGAAGAGGCGUGGAAUUUCUACUGGACAGACAUGAGUGUGUCGGUGGAAAGAGCUAAAGAAAUGAAACGGUUUCAGAGAAUCAAUCACUUUCCUGGAAUGUUAGAAAUUUGCAGAAAAGAUUUAUUAGCAAGAAAUUUGAAUAGAAUGCAAAAAAUAUAUCCGAAGGAAUAUAAUUUUUUUCCAAAAACAUGGUGCUUACCUGCAGACUUUGGCGAGGCACUAAAUUACAGCAAAGCCCGAAAGAACAAAACAUUUAUAAUAAAACCAGAAUGCGGCAGUCAAGGACGUGGAAUUUAUCUGACAAAGUCUCUCAAGGACAUCAAACCAACAGAAAAACUUAUAUGUCAGGUGUACUUAUCGAAGCCAUACCUCGUAGACGGCUACAAGUUCGACAUCAGAGUGUACACAUUGAUAACCUCUUGCGACCCUCUCAGGAUAUUUGUUUACAAUGAAGGACUAGUUAGGUUCGCAACGAGUAGAUACGCGGAUCCCAAUGUAAACAACACCACAAAUGUGUUUAUGCACCUUACCAAUUACGCGCUUAACAAGCACAGCCGUACAUACGUCUACGACUCGGAAGCGGGCAGUAAACGCAAGAUAUCAACGCUGAACAAGAUCCUGAUAUCGCAAGGCGUAGACCUCGAUCGCCUGUGGCAUUCCAUAGACCAAGUGAUAGUAAAGACCAUCAUAUCCGCCUGGCCGAUCCUCAAACACAGCUACCACGCCUGUUUCCCCUCACAUGAUAUGGUGCACGCGUGUUUUGAAAUACUGGGCUUCGAUAUACUUCUGGAUCACAAGUUACAUCCGUUCAUAUUGGAAGUCAACCAUUCUCCCAGUUUCCAUACUGACACUCAGCUAGACCGGGAUGUGAAGGAGAACCUACUGUCGGACACUUUCACCAUGCUCAACAUAUGGCAGUGCGAUAAGAAACGAGUACUGGAAGAGGAUCGCAAGAGGAUACGCGAUAGGCUGCUACAGACUAACAAAUUUGCAGAAUACACGCCAUCGGAGGACAAGGAACCGGAGAAGAGUCCGUGGCAGACUCAAAUACAGUGGGAAGAAACUCACCUGGGCAAUUAUAGGCGCGUGUACCCGGUGGGCGAGCAGUACGCCACACUAUUCCAGCAGCCGUCGGGGUCCUUGUACACGGGGACCGCAUCAUCACGCGCAAGAGGUGACUGUACUCGGCUGCAGCGCGAAGAGUUCAAGCAAAUCAAAGCUAAAGCAGAAGCCUUGAAGAAACCAUCUCAACCGAAGCCGAAAGAAGGUGAAAAGAAGGCGCCUGAUGAAGCGAGCGUGGUGACCACAAACACCAAUUCGACCACGGUCGCUAGCAGUACGGCCACGCCGGCGACCGUGGACAAGGCCAAGCUCAAACCCAAGACAGAGAAGGAUGUAAAGAAGAAAGAUGACAAGAAAGUCAUGCCAAAACCGCCCCAACAAACUAUUAUGGAAGAAAAAGAAACAAAACCACCUUACGUGGUAUCCUCGUUCGAGCCUGACCCGAUUGUGGAGAAAGAGGAACGGGAGCGUGUCAACCAGCUCGCUCAGCGGGACUUCCUGAUCCGAAGCUACGGCAUGUUGGAACAGAUAUAUCUGGUUAUGAAAAAAAUGGGCACGUUGCGUCCAGAAGAUGAACGCAAAUACGGCGUGUACGGGCGUCUCUCUGUUAUAUCAAACUCAGCAAAGGUAGAAAAUGUGAGCGUAAAUCUAUACUGAAAUGUAAUAAAAUGGAAAAAUACGCAUGUAAACUUUUUAAAGAAAUGAAGAUAAAAUUUUGUGUGUGCUAUUGGAAAAUUAAGAAGAGGAUAACUUUUGUACCAAGCAAGCAUCAGCGUGGUGUUGACAUUCAGUGCGAACACGCCCAAAUCGCCUGGAAGACCUUACCCAUUUAGAAGUAAUUAUAGUUCAAAGUUUAUUUAAAAAUCAUGUUUCGCAGUUUAGUAUAAUAUGUAUUUAGCAUUGUGUAAAUUCUGGUCCUUUAUUGAAGUAAACACUAUGAAAAUGUAA